UUGUUCUAACUUGAAAUAUUUUAGGUGAUAGUUUCAAAAGGCUACAAGUCCUGGGCGGAUAAGUCAACGAAACCUCGUCGCAAGCAACAUGCUCGAAACUAUGGAAUUCUUCAUGAAACUCCUGAAAGCCAAGCAAAGGUUGAUGAACUUCUCGAGCAUAGGUGCUCUGAAUGCAAUGAACUUUUCAGGUCAUUUCCGCAAGUGAAAGAACACAUCAGGAAAACGCAUUCUUUGAUGUACUGUGAUAUAUGCUUGAAACAUUUGAAGAUUUUUACUCACGAACGGAAAUGCUACACUCGGGAAGCUUUGGUGAGACAUCGGAAGGAGGGUGACGCAGACGACCGGUCGCACCGGGGUCAUCCGUUAUGUCAGUUUUGUGACGAGCGUUACCUAGACAAUGACGAGCUCUUGCAGCAUUUGCGUAAGAACCAUUUUUGGUGUCACAUCUGCGAAAAAGAUGGAAACCAAGACUACUAUCCGAACUACCAUAAUCUCAGAAGACAUUUCAAGCAAGCGCAUUUUCUCUGCGAGGAAGGAGAAUGUUUUCACGAAAAGUUUACGUCAGUUUUUCGAAUGAAGGUCGACUAUCAAGCCCAUACUGCACAACAGCAUUCGGAUAGGUUAUCGAAGGCAGAAGCGCGGCAGAUGCGACAGUUGGAUAUUAACAUAACAUUUGCACCUCGUGAGGAUUCGGACAGCAGUGUAUCUGCUCGAGAUUAUAGUUUUCCUGAACAAGGUCAUGAGAGAUAUAGGGAAAGAUCAAGAAUGACAAGGUAUGCUACACUUUAUUUUUAUACAUUCAAACUGUAUUCUCGUCACCGAUUGGUUAACAACCCCUGGAUAAUUCCCGAUAUUAAAUAUUAUUUCAGGAAAUAAUACAAAACUAUCUUUUGAAUGAGUUUAUAUAGUUUUUCUUUGAAUAUUAUGUAUUUCCGUUUUUCCCACCAGUUUUAGCUUGUGAAUUUUAUAAUUUGACUGCCCUUGGUGUAAAUAAUUCUUGAUAUCGUGUUUAGCAUCAGCCAAUAAUUGUUUAUUAUAUCUCCAAGAUGUUCUCCCAUGUAAAGCAAAAUAUAUUAACCCUUUAAAUGGACAUACACCCUGAUGCAUAUCGAUACUAUUUUACUCUGUUUAACACCAGACGAUUUUACUUGUCAAGUGGAGAGCGCUGACACUCAAUGGGUUAAUUAAUGAAUGAAUGAAAAACAGCAUAUUUAUGUACAUACAUAUAUAAUAAGGUUAUACCAGUAUAUGGUGGGCAUUUUGCCCAACAGAACAAUAGGUUAAAUGUUGAAUGUUGAAAACAUUAAAAAGUGAGAACCAUUUUAUUUGUAGCGGUGGAACAGGACGAGACUUCCAGUUUGGUGAGUUGAGGGAUCCUGGAAGAUACAAGGCAAAAGAUAAAGAUCGUAAGAAGGAAAACCAAAUCCAACCAUCUCAAGAUCCGAAAAUUAGAGUAUCUUCAGAGCAGUACAGGCAAACAGAUGUGAAAGCAGAAGAUCACAAGGGAGUGAAAAGGAGUCAAAUGAGGUCACCAAGGGAGGUCUUGGAAAGUGACCAUAAACGUCCCCCUGGGGACAAUAAACGUCCCCCUGGGGACAAUAAACGUCCUCCUGGGGGUAUAAUACAAGAGAAAGUGGGUAAUAGAAAGAUACAUAAUAGCAAUGGUAGUAAGAGUAGUAAUACUGAACAAAAGAAUGGCAAAAGUGGGAAAGGGGAAGCAGAUAAUGUAAAAUCCAAGAAAGACAGCAGCAAGAAGAAGGAAUUAUCAGGAGAAAGUCUUGUCAGUGGUAAAGAGAAAAAGCCAGCGGAUGAGGGUGGUUUUGAUGGCAAAGAGAAAAAUAAUGGAAACUUAUCCAAAACCAAGGUUCAAGGAAGUAAUGAAGGUAGUUCGGAUCAGAAGGCAGGCAGCAAGUCUAAAACCAAGAAUAACAAGUUGACUCAAGAAAAGAAUGUUGACCCUUCGCUCGCACAAAGUGGUGUUCGUCAAGAAAAUAAUACUGGCCCUUCAUCUUCCAGUGUUAUUCAUCCACCUUCUAACUUAGAAGACGAUUUUCCGGCUCUACUAACAGACAAGAAACAGGGGCCUGCAGUGAACAUUGCAAAACCGAAGCCAACUUAUGAUAGUGAUUUUCCAAGCCUUUCAAAUGAAUCAAGCAAGGCAAAUUCAAGCAUCCGAUCUCCACCUGGCCUAAGUGCACCUCCAGGUUUCAGUAGUAAACUCGAUAAGCCAAAGCCUGACCAUAAACGUCUCCCUGGGGACAAUAAACGUCCCCCUGGAGACAAUAAACGUCCUCCUGGGGGUAUAAUACAAGAGGAAGUGGGUAAUAGAAAGACACAUAAUAGCAAUGGUAGUAAAAGUAGUAAUACUGAACAAAAGAAUGGCAAAAGUGGGAAAGGAGAAGCAGAUAAUGUAAAAUCCAAGAAAGACAGCAACAAGAAGAAGGAAUUAUCGGACGAAAGUAUUGUCAGUGGUAAAGAGAAGAAGCCGAGCUUGGAUGAGGGUGGUUUUGGUGGCAAAGAGAAAAAUAAUGGAAACUUAUCCAAAAUCAAGAUUCAAGAAAGCAAUGAAGGUAGUUCGGAUCAGAAGGCAGACAGCAAGUCUAAAACCAGGAAUAACAAGUUGACUCAAGAAAAGAAUGUUGACCUUUCGCUCGAACAAAGUGGUGUCCGUCAAGAAAAGAAUACUGGCCCUUCAUUUUCCAGUGUUGUUCAUCCAGCUUCUAACUUAGAAGACGAUUUUCCGACUCUAUCAACGGACAAGAAACAGGGGCCUGCAGUGAACAUCGCAAAACCGAAGCCAACUUAUGAUAGUGAUUUUCCAAGCCUUUCAAAUGAAUCAAGCAAGGCAAAUCCAUGCAUCCGACCUCCACCUGGCCUAAGUGCACCUCCAGGUUUCAGUGGUAAACUCGUUAAGCCAAAGCCUGACAAAAGGGAUCAGACAGAAGUCGAUUUUGAAAGCGGACAGAAAUUUGUGCAGUUCAGUGACCUCUACAAAUCAAAUACAAAGAGCAUACACGCACAGAAAGAGACGCUCAGCCCUGAGAAAGCUUUGGCCAACAAAUCUAAGUCAAGUGUGCCGAAAAAACCAACUCCAAAGCCCACGUACGAUUCCGAAUUUCCAACUCUAUCUACUCUUACCAAUGGUCAUAAAGCUAGCUCUGCCAUUAAAGCACCACCUGGUCUCGUUCCCCCCGGAUUUCAGCCUGGAAUUCCGGUACGGCCACCUCCCGGGAUGGGUUGGUCAGUCCCGAUAAAUGUUGGGGGUUCAUCUGCAAAGGAAACCCGAAACCAAAAACUGAUCAACGAUAUUGGGCGAAUUUUGAACCUCAGAGGUGAAAGUUUUGAGAAAUUUCGUGAAGUCUCAAGUUUUUAUCGUCAUGGGAAGAGUUCACCUGAAGAAUACUACCAAGAAUGCUGCUCGCUGCUCGGAGUGGAUCACAUUCAUAAGGUCUUUCGGGAGUUGAUUGAUUUAUUGCCAGACGAAGGUAAACAAAGGCAGCUGCUGCUUGUUUACAACGAUGCGAAAGUGAAAUCAAAAUUGGAAGACAGUGUUACAGGCAAGGAGGAAAGUGGCUUUAAAUUUAACACCGUAACCGGAAAUAAUGAUAUAUCUGCAAGUAAUCCUGCCUUGUCUAAAGCUGCUGGAAAGAAGAAGAGUAAAUCUGCAGAAAGGAUUUCAAGCGCGUAGACAGGUGGAAGCUAGAGAUGAACUGCAAUAAAAGUGAUUUGCAGGCUACUGUGUGUCUCAAAGGUUUUGUUUUUCGUAACUGCUGAAUAUUAAUAUAAGCCUACAAUCUUACAGUAACGGACCUUUUCAGCUUGUAUGUACAUUGCCAUUUCAGACCAUGUAAUGUUUACAAUUUAUAAGCUGUGACGUAGCCAGCGACUUGUGCGUGUGGUGCCUCAAUAGGUAGCUUAAGCAUUUAAGCAUGUAGGACGGCAACACGACGACGACAGCAACCAAUACAAUGAGUCAACGAAAAUAAAUAAAUAAAUAAUUAAAAUCUCAGGGGAGUUUCAGACGUGGUCGUCGCUCUGUUUACAACGACAAAUCACAGAUUUUCACGUCUUUUAUACAACGCCUGCAUUUCAAGCCAUAACAGGUGCAACUUAAAAUUCGGUUCAGUAGAACUCUUCCCAAACAUAAAGCCAAUGUUUUCAACUUCUUAUACUGUAUUAAAUUCAUACGAAUUAUAAAUUAUACGACAAGUUUUCUUUACUAUCAUUUAUUUGAAGGAAUUUGUUUUGGCCGUCGUUGUUGUGUUGCCGUCCUACAUGCUUAAUUAAGCUCCCUAUUGUCACAGGCAGUCGACGACAUGAUCAGCGAUAUGCCGGGAAGUUUGAUCUCGCGUUCAACUUUCCCUACAUGUCGGCGGCAAUGUUUACGUUUUCCAAACGCACUGCCGACAUGCCAUAAGCUUAAUAUAUCCCGUAAUACAUUGGUAAGUGAUGAAAUAAAGCCGGAGAAAUGUCAAAUAACGGACAUUCGGUGGGAAUUCAUAACUGUUUCGCCGAGUUGUCGCAGGGCUAUCGGCGGAAGUCAGAGCUUGUCUGCGUACAUCUUGCCUACCACAGGCAUUUGUGAACCAGGCUGUAAUGUUUACAUGUUUUAUCACCCUUAUCUUUAAUGCAUAUUACAAAAGGUAAUCAAAGGUAUAAACAUUACGUGGUCUGAAUGGGCAAUUUGCAAAACGAAGUUCUGGAAUUUUCAAAUCUAGGUAUGAAAAUUAUUAUAGAAUAUAUGCGUACUUGUCUGUGCAGAAUAAAAAUAAUGAAGACAAAGUUAUAUGUUUAUUAAUAUUAUUAUUGCUGUCGCUGACUAAAUUGACACAAUCAUAUAGUGCAAGCUUAAAGUUUGUCAUUUGAAUGAAUAUUAAAAAUAACGUUGAGUUCUGCAAGUCUGGGAUAGUUCUUCUGCAAUUCUUUGAUCCAGAUUUUUAGUUCAGCUUCUACUUCGUUGUCUCUCAGUAUACACAGCGCAAGCACAUGGUCUGAAGUAGAAAAUCACAAAAUUAAAUUUCACACA